CGGAUGCAAGCUAUGUGGACAAACAGCUGCUACCUUGACGGAGAAAUCCUCGACAAGUAGCGAACACUUGGAUAAACAGCGAGAGACUUUUGGAUUUAGACGACUUGAAUACUUUCAACAUGAAUUAGGGAUAAGUUUCUAGAACCUGUGGAUACAUGUGGCGAUUGUUUCCUGCUUGUGAAACAUAUAUGGAUAUAUGUUGCUAUGGUGGAUGAUGUUCCAAAAUGAACACAGAUUUACAGAAGCGACUCCAAGUUCCCCAACCAAAGAUCCGCAGUCACCUAACGAUCAAGGUACAGUCCAAACUGAUGUCAAAGCCUUGUCCCUCUACCCGGGGUCCCAAACCUCCCAUCGCCCCAAAGCCCAGACCCUCCUUAUCUGAGACAGAGCAAGAGGAGGAGCAGUGCCCCCCUCACGGUCUGAGCAAUGGAGACCUGACCUCCUCAGAGGAGGAACCUGAGGACCCCCAGGAGGUGGCAGAGGACCACAUAACUCACCCCACAGAACACAACCAGGAGGAAGCAGAACCAGAAGAAAACCUCAAUGACAUCAUAGAUGAUGAAGGGGGGAGUGAACAGGAGGAGAAGGGAGAUGAGGUAGAGAGAGAGGGAGAGGCGUUGACCGAUGCAGUCCCAUUGGAUAACACUAGUGCUACUGACACUCACAUUGCAGUAGAGGAGGAAAACUCUAAAGAAACAGAUGACUUAAACCUUGAGAGUGACAGUAAUGACACAUCUGUGGACCCUGAAGAUGUUUUGAUGCCGUGUCUCUCAGAGUGUGAGAGAGGGAAUGAAGAAGCAGAGUGUGUCAAAGAGCGGAGGGAGGAAGAAAAUAUUUUAUCUGAAGAGACUGAAACACCCGGGGAGCCUACUGGAUGUCCAGAAGAAGAUGCAGAAGAACCGGACACAGAGGAUUAUGAUCAGGGGAACUUCCCUAGUCAACCUGCCGCAGACACUAACAGUGGGCUUGAAGAUGAGGACAGAUCCCCUGGUGGAUAUUUGCAGUGCAAAGUACCCACUGAUGAGGCUGAGGAAGAAGCAGAGGUUCUCUCACUGGGAGCAGACUGCUGUACACACACACCCGUCUGUGAAGACUAUCCCUACGACGUGAUUGGCCCUUCAGAUGAGCCUGUUUACACAUGUAACACUGGUGAGCCCGGUGACACAGGCGUGUGGCAGCCCGAGCGUGCCACCAAGGACCCCUCUGGGCGCUUCCGUUUCUCUGGCAGCACUGAGGAUAUGUUUGGGCCUUACUCUGUCAUUGAGGCGGUGCCUGCUGACAGGAUUCGCACCGCUGAGCCUGAUGUGAAUCACAACGAUAUAUGCUGUGGUGACAAACCACACACUCCAAAGGAGAUGGACACAGCAGGCACCUUUGACCAAGAGCCUUAUUAUGUGUCAUCGGACGACAUGGCAGAGCUAGAGGAUAAACAGAAACUCCCAGAAGAGCGUGAGGUCCAGGACAGUCCUGAGCAAUCCAGCCAAGACAGAGAAACAGCUAAGGAGGAUAUGGAUGAAUACGCAGACAUCGAUGACUCCCUCUGCCCAGAGGCCCAUGACUUUCAGCAUCUGGAGGGUGCAUCAUCAGAGGACUAUGUGGAGAUUGGGGACGAUGAUGAGACGGAUGACACGGAGAGGAAGCAGAUCAGAGGGAGGAGUGUGAGAGAGAGAACAGCCAAGCGUGAGCAGGCUUUCUCCAGCCAGCGGAACAGCUGCCAGCCCCGUCUCAGGCUGUGUAACAUCACAGUGCCAGCAGACCUGGACCGGACACGGACCCCAGAGCUCACCAACAGGGUGGUGUUCGCCCACACCACAGAGGCCUUCGAGGAGGACAUUGAGGAGCUGGACGGCCACAUCGUGCCUUAUUACGAGGACUCCAACUCAGAUAGUGAGGAGCACAUCUAUGAGGAGGCUGGUUUUGACUCUGAGGGGGAGAACUUUAUCUCUAAGAGCAUUGUGACGCGGUCACGCUCCUACUCUGGGAAAGUUCCGGGUUAUGUCCCUGAGACGGUUCCUGAGGAGACAUCAGAGUACCAGAGUACUCAUGACUACUGUACUGUGGCCUUAAACCAGAAUGGAGAACCUCUGGUAAGUCCUGAGCAGCCUGAGAUCAACAGACUCAUCCCCUCUCUGAAGCCACGCCGCUUCCUACUAUACCCACGCUCAUACUCCGUAGAGGGUCAAGAACUGUCAUCAGGCGCUCACACAGAGGCUGACCAAUCGCUGAAAGAGGAAGACAGGAUGAAAAGGACAGAUGACACCCUCUAUCUGCCAUGUGCUGUCACUUCUUCAGGGAGCAUUUCUCAACAGAGCCACCAGUCAUCCAGCGGCAUUUCCACGCCAACUUCUCUGGUGGACAUUCCACCUCCCUUUGAAUUGGCUUACAUCACCAAAAGACCCGUCACUAAAAGCUCUCCAUCCCUCCUGAUCAGCGUCUCUCCUGAGUCCACAGACAACAAGCCCAAGAAGCAGAAGUCCUCAUUCAAGCGCUUCCUGGCCCUGAAGUUUAAGAGGAAAAUGGACACUAAAGGCUUUGGUGAUGGUAGCAGCCGCUCCUCGCGCUCCUCCUCUGAAUCCAGCCACCACGGGCCAACAAGAAUCCUGGACCUAGAGCACAGGAGCACUGGCUCCCCUCAGCCCCAGUCCCAGUCUCGCAUGGUGAAGCCCCAGCAGCGUCCUCCAGACCUGCCCUCAACCUUUCUGCCCUACAAAGAUCACAGGAAAGGAGACCCUAAAGCCUACGGAAGCAGGGGCGUGUCCAGGGUAGAGUCCUUCGAGGAGCGCUCCCGUCGCCCCCUCAUGCCCCUCCCCCUGACCAAACCCCGCUCUAUCUCCUUCCCCAAUGCAGACACAUCAGACUAUGAGAACAUCCCAGCUAUGAGCUCUGACUAUGAGAACAUCCAGAUCCUCCCUGGAGGGAGACCCACCAGAUCCAUGACUGUCACAGAGUUCUUUGAGGACCCCAACCGCAUGGUGGCCCCCUCUAAUGACAACGAUGGCUAUGUGGAUAUGAACAGCUUCCCUGGGAUCGACAGCAAACCCCAGUCACCUGAGCAGGAGCCUGAAAGUGCCUACACUGAGCCUUUCCCAGUGAACCAUACUCCAGCAAGGCUCUCAGCUGAGGAGGACCAUGGACGUACCUCAGAGGAGGAGGAGGGAGGAGUGGAGCAUGGCUACGACAAACAGAUUGAUGGGCGAUCCAGAGCCUUUUACGUCGCCAAAGAGCUGGUGGAUUCUGAGAGACUACAUGUAAAUGCCCUCAAGGUCCUUCAAGAGGACUUCAGGGCAGCAGUGUUGGAGGCGGUGGGGGAGGAUGGGGAACCUGUGGUGGAGGAACAGAGGCUGGGGGAGAUACUGGGCACGCUCCCUGAGGUCUACAUACUCCACAGCAACAUCCUCACCGAGCUGGAUGCACGCAUCAGACAGUGGGAAGAGAGCCAGCAGGUGGUGGAUGUUAUCCUGUCUCGUCAGGAGGAGUUUGCUGUGUUCGCUACCUACAUCUCUAAGUACGACCGCAGCAUGUCCCUACUGGCAGAGAGCUGUAAACUCAACCCUGCCUUCCAUGACAUCGUCAAGCAGUUUGAGAAGCAGGGCCCAGAUGGACCUCAGUUCCCACUGCGGCAUCAGCUGCUGCAGGUCAUUGUGAGAGUCCUCCAGUACCGCAUGCUGCUCACAGAUUACUUAAACAACCUUUCCCCUGAUUCUAAAGAAUAUGAGGAUACACAAGCUGCCUUAGUAAUCGUGUCAGAGGUGGCAGACCAAGCUAAUGACAAUCUCAAGCAAGGGGAGAACUUGCUGCGGCUGGUCCACAUUGAGUACAGUGUGAGAGGCAAGAGAGAUCUACUCAAGCCAGGAAGGGUGUUUGUGAAGGAAGGCACACUAAGGAAAGUGUCGAGGAAAAGCAGACAGCCCAGACACCUGUUUCUGAUGAAUGAUGUUAUGCUGUACACCUACCCUCAGCAGGAUGGUAAAUACAGGCUGAAGAACACUCUCUAUCUGUCUGGGAUGAAGGUCAGUAUACCUGUCAUAGACAAUGUGCUCAAUGCCCUGAGGAUCGAGGUGUCUGACGUCACCAUCACCUUGUCAGCCAGCUCCUGUGGAGAAAGGGACGACUGGUUCCACACACUGAGUCGGGCCAUAGCAGACCAUGCUGCAGGCCUGUGUACUUUUGGUGGCCCCUGCAGUGAGGGACGUGAGAAGCUGUGGAUGGCCCUGGGGGAGGCAGCUCCAGUGCUGGUGCCCGUGUCUCAUGUGAUGAUGUGUAUGAACUGUACCUCUGACUUCAGCUUGACCCUGAGACGCAACCACUGCAACGCCUGUGGGAAGGUUGUGUGUCGUGCCUGCUCCAGGAACAGGUAUCCUCUGAAGUACCUCAAAGACAGAAUGGCCAAAGUGUGUGACCACUGCUACGCUGAGCUCAGGAAGAUAGGUGUCAGUAUCUCAGGGGCGUGUGGUAACUCCAGCCCCUGCACCCACCGGGCCAGUCGGCCCCUCUCAGCCGUGUUCCAGAGCCUACAGCCCCCAAGCCUGUGGAGAAGCAGGAAGAGCACCUCCCCUCUCAACCAGGUGGCAUUGCGGGCUGAGGACUCGGCCAUGAGUGGCAGCCUGCAAUGGCGUAAGAAGAGCAAGAGGAAGUGGAAGAGGCUGUGGUUCAUCCUCAAAGACAAGGUGCUCUACACCUUCACAGCACGUGAGGACAAGGUGGCACGUGAGAGUCUGCCCCUGCAGGGUUUCACAGUGAAGCUGACAGAGAGGCCAGAGGGUGAGGAGAGAUUCAACGUGUUUCAGCUCUACCACAAGAAGACUCUAUACUACACCUUUAGAGCAGAUGACCAGCACACUGCCCGCAGGUGGGUCAAUGCCAUGGAGGAGGCCACAGUGUUAUAACAUCUGCCUGUAUGCACAGACUGACCCUGCUGUGCAUCACCUACCUACCUACGCUCUCUGUCCUGGUUUACAGCUGUCCCUCACAAUGCCUAAAUGGAAUAUCUAUGAAAACUUAUUUUCUCUUGAAGGACAUUGAAUAUCAUUCUUAUAAUCCAUCCCUUAAUGCACUGGACCAAUUCUCACUCUGGAAGAAUUACACGUCUCUGUGCAAGAGCAUCUUUGACAUGGCUGCCAUCUACAGGCAGAAAGAAGAUCAUGCAGACUCUGUGUGGGGCAAACAUCCAAGUGUGAGGUUACUGCUUGGGAGUCUCUAAGGUGAAAACCUCUCAGAUGAGUAUGCUGCAUGCAAUAACAUGCCACAAAUUCCGCUCCUGUGUCUAAAAGCUCAUAGAUGAUGUGUUUUUACAACUUUUUCCAUUGACAGUCUUCAGUGCCAUGUACAUUCACAGACUUAUCUUUACUUUCUGACACUUCUUUUCUACCAUGGAUGUGUAUGUACAUAGAACAACUUGGUAUGGGUUUUGUUUUUGAUAUCAUAGGCUUUUUGAUGCUGUUUAAACAAUACCAAGUUAAUAUGAACAGCUUAUGUAUUGUAUGAGAACAUAUAAGAGUCAUGUCAUAUUUGGAAUAUAUAGUGUAAUAUUCAAUUCCCAUAUUUUGAAGUGAGAUAUAAUAAUUAUUUGUAAAUACAUAACAGAAAUGUUAUUACAUGAUGUUACAUCAUGCCCAAUGUAUUUUCUGUACUCUAUGUAAACAUACUUAUUUUACACCGCAGGUUUACACCUGUAAUAACAAUGACAGAAUGUGAAAUGUUACAGACAGUAUUAGUAUUAUUCAACAAAAUAUCAUUUUGAAGUAUAUUUCAUAGAUAAUGUAUAGUUUUUAAACAUUUUUAAAAGGGUGACUACAUUUUUAUGGGCCAAUAGUCUCCACUUGAAUGCAGUGUGUUAUGGCUGAAAGAAUGUGCCUGACGGGACGUUAUUAUCCUUCAUUCAUUCAAAUGAUAAUUCAUACGUUUUGGGGAGUAGUGAACUGCAUGUAGUUUAACUAGUCAUUUAACUAUAUUUUGCAGUAGCUUGGUGGUAGUUGAACUAAUUAAAAUACCUGACAGAAAACAGAUUUAACAUUCAGUUGAUGUUUUUCAUUUCCUGUCCAGUCAUAUGGUCUAUCACAUUAGAUGUUUUCUAUUUCCUGUCCAGUCAUAUGGUCUAUCACAUUAGAUGUUUUCUAUUUCCUGUCCAAUCAUAUGGUUUAUCACAUGAGAUGUUUUCUAUUUCCUGUCCAGUCAUAUGGUCUAUCACAAUAGAUGUUUUCUAUUUCCUGUCCAGUCAUAUGGUCUAUCACAUUAGAUGUUUUCUAUUUCCUGUCCAGUCAUAUGGUCUAUCACAUUAGAUGUUUUCUAUUUCCUGUCCAGUCAUAUGGUCUAUCACAUUAGAUGUUUUCUAUUUCCUGUCCAGUCAUAUGGUCUAUCUCAUUAGAUGUUUUCUAUUUCCUGUCCAGUCAUAUGGUCUAUCUCAUUAGAUGUUUUCUAUUUCCUGUCCAGUCAUAUGGUCUAUCUCAUUAGAUGUUUUCUAUUUCCUGUCCAGUCAUAUGGUCUAUCUCAUUAGAUGUUUUCUAUUUCCUGUCCAGUCAUAUGGUCUAUCACAUUAGAUGUUUUCUAUUUCCUGUCCAGUCAUAUGGUCUAUCUCAUUAGAUGUUUUCUAUUUCCUGUCCAGUCAUAUGGUCUAUCACAUUAGAUGUUUUCUAUUUCCUGUCCAGUCAUAUGGUCUAUCUCAUUAGAUGUUUUCUAUUUCCUGUCCAGUCAUAUGGUCUAUCUCAUUAGAUGUUUUCUAUUUCCUGUCCAGUCAUAUGGUCUAUCUCAUUAGAUGUUUUCUAUUUCCUGUCCAGUCAUAUGGUCUAUCUCAUUAGAUGUUUUCUAUUUCCUGUCCAGUCAUAUGGUCUAUCACAUUAGAUGUUUGUUUUUUUCUUCUUGUAGGUGGAUUUACUUUUUGCCUGAGAAAUAUGGAUUGGUAAAAAGUUCCAUUCAGCUAUGUCUCUAUAUAAAACUGUAGAUUUAAGGCAAUUUGUCCUUGGCUUCAGUUGUUUUAGCUGCACUGAAUUUGCCUGUCUGGUUUGGUGGUUAUGCGUGUUGCUAGUAUGCACUAAUUGGACAGACAAAUACUGUGUUUAAAAAAUAUAUAUAUAACAUUCCUAAAGAAAAUCAGAAGACUAGAUAGUAAUUUGUUUCUAACGUGAAGCCAUGAGAGAUUCUGAUGCAUUUUAAUAAACUAAUCUGGCAGCCCUGUUUAGAGCAAUGGAGAGGGAAUCUACCAGCCCUGUUUAGAGAAAUGAAGAGCUAAUCUGGCAGCCCUGUUUAGAGCAAUGAAGAGGUAAUCUACCAGCCCUGUUUAGAGCAAUGAAAAGGUAAUCUACCAGCCCUGUUUAGAGCAAUGAAGAGGUAAUCUACCAGCCCUGUUUAGAGCAAUGAAGAGGUAAUCUACCAGCCCUGUUUAGAGCAAAGAAGAGCUAAUCUACCGGUCCUGUUUAGAGCAAUGAAGAGGUAAUCUACCAGCCCUGUUUAGAUAAAUGAAGAGGUAAUCUACCAGCCCUGUUUCGAGCAAUGAAGAGCUAAUCUGGCAGCCCUGUUUAGAGCAAUGAAGAGGUAAUCUACCAGCCCUGUUUAGAGCAAUGAAGCGGUAAUCUACCAUCCCUGUUUAGAGCAAUGAAGAGGUAAUCUACCAGCCCUGUUUAGAGCAAAGAAGAGGUAAUCUACCAGCCUUGUUUAGAGCAAUGAAGAGCUAAUCUGGCAGCCCUGUUUAGAGCAAUGAAGAGGUCAUCUACCAGCCCUGUUUAAAGCAAUGAAGAGGUAAUCUGGCAGCCCUGUUUAGAGCAAUGAAGAGGUAAUCUUCCAGCCCUGUUGAGAGCAAUGAAGAGAUAAUCUGGCAGCCCUGUUUAGAGCAAUGAAGAGGUAAUCUACCAGCCCUGUUUAGAGCAAUGAAAAGCUAAUCUACCAGCCCUGUUUAGAGCAAUGAAGAGCUAAUCUACCAGCCCUGUUAAGAGCAAUGAAGAGCUAAUCUACCAGCCCUGUUUAGAGCAAUGAAGAUGUAAUCUACCAGCCCUGUUUAGAGCAAUGAAGAUGUAAUCUACCAGCCCUGUUUAGAGCAAUGAAGAGGUAAUCUACCAGCCCUGUUUAGAGCAAUGAAGAUGUAAUCUGGCAGCCCUGUUUAGAGCAAUGAAGAGCUAAUCUACCAGCCCUGUUUAGAGCAAUGAAGAGCUAAUCUACCAGCCCUGUUUAGAGCAAUGAAGAGCUAAUCUACCAGCCCUGUUUAGAGCAAUGAAGCGCUAAUCUACCAGCCCUGUUUAGAGCAAUGAAGAGCUAAUCUACCAGCCCUGUUAAGAGCAAUGAAGAGCUAAUCUACCAGCCCUGUUUAGAGCAAUGAAGAGCUAAUCUACCAGCCCUGUUUAGAGCAAUGAAGAGCUAAUCUACCAGCCCUGAUUAGAGCAAUGAAGAGCUAAUCUACCAGCCCUGUUAAGAGCAAUGAAGAGCUAAUCUGGCAGCCCUGUUUAGAGCAAUGAAGAGGUCAUCUACCAGCCCUGUUUAAAGCAAUGAAGAGGUAAUCUACCAGCCCUGUUUAGAGCAAUGAAGAGGUAAUCUUCCAGCCCUGUUUAGAGCAAUGAAGAGGUAAUCUGGCAGCCCUGUUUAGAGCAAUGAAGAGGUAAUCUUCCAGCCCUGUUGAGAGCAAUGAAGAGCUAAUCUACCAGCCCUGUUUAGAGCAAUGAAAAGCUAAUCUACCAGCCCUGUUUAGAGCAAUGAAGAGCUAAUCUACCAGCCCUGUUAAGAGCAAUGAAGAGCUAAUCUGGCAGCCCUGUUUAGAGCAAUGAAGAGGUCGUCUACCAGCCCUGUUUAAAGCAAUGAAGAGGUAAUCUACCAGCCCUGUUUAGAGCAAUGAAGAGGUAAUCUUCGAGCCCUGUUUAGAGCAAUGAAGAGGUAAUCUGGCAGGCCUGUUUAGAGCAAUGAAGAGGUAAUCUUCCAGCCCUGUUGAGAGCAAUGAAGAGAUAAUCUGGCAGCCCUGUUUAGAGCAAUGAAGAGCUAAUCUACCAGCCCUGUUUAGAGCAAUGAAAAGCUAAUCUACCAGCCCUGUUUAGAGCAAUGAAGAGCUAAUCUACCAGCCCUGUUAAGAGCAAUGAAGAGCUAAUCUACCAGCCCUGUUUAGAGCAAUGAAGAUGUAAUCUACCAGCCCUGUUUAGAGCAAUGAAGAGGUAAUCUACCAGCCCUGUUUAGAGCAAUGAAGAGGUAAUCUACCAGCCCUGUUUAGAGCAAUGAAGAUGUAAUCUGGCAGCCCUGUUUAGAGCAAUGAAGAGCUAAUCUACCAGCCCUGUUUAGAACAAUGAAGAGGUAAUCUACCAGCCCUGUUUAGAGCAACGAAGAGCUAAUCUACCAGCCCUGUUUAGAGCAAUGAAGAGCUAAUCUACCAGCCCUGUUUAGAGCAAUGAAGAGCUAAUCUACCAGCCCUGUUUAGAGCAAUGAAGAGCUAAUCUACCAGCCCUGUUUAGAGCAAUGAAGAGCUAAUCUACCAGCCCUGUUUAGAGCAAUGAAGCGCUAAUCUACCAGCCCUGUUUAGAGCAAUGAAGAGCUAAUCUACCAGCCCUGUUAAGAGCAAUGAAGAGCUAAUCUACCAGCCCUGUUUAGAGCAAUGAAGAGCUAAUCUACCAGCCCUGUUUAGAGCAAUGAAGAGCUAAUCUACCAGCCCUGAUUAGAGCAAUGAAGAGCUAAUCUACCAGCCCUGUUAAGAGCAAUGAAGAGCUAAUCUGGCAGCCCUGUUUAGAGCAAUGAAGAGGUCAUCUACCAGCCCUGUUUAAAGCAAUGAAGAGGUAAUCUACCAGCCCUGUUUAGAGCAAUGAAGAGGUAAUCUUCCAGCCCUGUUUAGAGCAAUGAAGAGGUAAUCUGGCAGCCCUGUUUAGAGCAAUGAAGAGGUAAUCUUCCAGCCCUGUUGAGAGCAAUGAAGAGGUAAUCUGGCAGCCCUGUUUAGAGCAAUGAAGAGGUAAUCUACCAGCCCUGUUUAGAGCAAUGAAAAACUAAUCUACCAGCCCUGUUUAGAGCAAUGAAGAGGUAAUCUACCAGCCCUGUUUAGAGCAAUGAAGAUGUAAUCUGGCAGCCCUGUUUAGAGCAAUGAAGAGCUAAUCUACCAGCCCUGUUUAGAACAAUGAAGAGGUAAUCUACCAGCCCUGUUUAGAGCAAUGAAGUGCUAAUCUACCAGCCCUGUUUAGAGCAAUGAAGAGCUAAUCUACCAGCCCUGUUAAGAGCAAUGAAGAGCUAAUCUACCAGCCCUGUUUAGAGCAAUGAAGAGCUAAUCUACCAGCCCUGUUUAGAGCAAUGAAGAGCUAAUCUACCAGCCCUGAUUAGAGCAAUGAAGAGCUAAUCUACCAGCCCUGUUUAGAGCAAUGAAGAGCUAAUCUACCGGUCCUGUUUAGAGCAAUGAAGAGCUAAUCUACCGGUCCUGUUUAGAGCAAUGAAGAGGUAAUCUACCAGCCCUGUUUAGAGCAAUGAAGAGGUAAUCUACCAGCCCUGUUUUGAGCCAUUUGGAGCUUUUUUAUAUCUUUCUUUGCAGCAGGUGACCAUAUAACUGGACAGUACUCUAAGUGUGAUAGGACCAGGGAUUGACCAUAUAACUGGGCAGUACUCUAAGUGUGAUAGGACCAGUGAUUGACCAUAUAACUGGACAGUACUCUAAGUGUGAUAGGACCAGUGAUUGACCAUAUAACUGGGCAGUACUCUAAGUGUGAUAGGACCAGGGAUUGACCAUAUAACUGGACAGUACUAUAAGUGUGAUAGGACCAGUGAUUGACCAUAUAACUGGACAGUACUCUAAGUGUGAUAGGACCAGUGAUUGACCAUAUAACUGGACAGUACUCUAAGUGUGAUAGGACCAAUGAUUGACCAUAUAACUGGACAGUACUCUAAGUGUGAUAGGACCAGGGAUUGACCAUAUAACUGGACAGUACUCUAAGUGUGAUAGGACCAGUGAUUGACCAUAUAACUGGGCAGUACUCUAAGUGUGAUAGGACCAAUGAUUGACCAUAUAACUGGACAGUACUCUAAGUGUGAUAGAACCAGGGAUUGACCAUAUAACUGGGCAGUACUCUAAGUGUGAUAGGACCAAUGAUUGACCAUAUAACUGGACAGUACUCUAAGUCUGAUAGGACCAGUGAUUGACCAUAUAACUGGACCAUACUCUAAGUGUGAUAGAACCAGGGAUUGACCAUAUAACUGGACAGUACUCUAAGUGUGAUAGGACCAGUGAUUGACCAUAUAACUGGGCAGUACUCUAAGUGUGAUAGGACCAGUGAUUGACCAUAUAACUGGACAGUACUCUAAGUGUGAUAGGACCAGUGAUUGACCAUAUAACUGGGCAGUACUCUAAGUGUGAUAGGACCAGUGAUUGACCAUAUAACUGGACAGUACUCUAAGUCUGAUAGGACCAGGGAUUGACCAUAUAACUGGACAGUACUCUAAAUCUGAUAGGACCAGGGAUUGACCAUAUAACUGGACAGUACUCUAAGUGUGAUAGGACCAGGGAUUGACCAUAUAACUGGGCAGUACUCUAAGUGUGAUAGGACCAGGGAUUGACCAUAUAACUGGACAGUACUCUAAAUCUGAUAGGACCAGGGAUUGGACCAUAUAACCAGACAGUACUCUAAGUGUGAUAGGACCAGGGAUUGACCAUAUAACUGAACAGUACUCUAAGUGUGAUAGGACCAGGGAUUGACCAUAUAACUGGGCAGUACUCUAAGUGUGAUAGGACCAGGGAUUGACCAUAUAACUGGACAGUACUCUAAAUCUGAUAGGACCAGGGAUUGACCAUAUAACCGGACAGUGCUCUAAGUUUGAUAGGACCAGGCAUUGACCAUAUAACUGGACAGUACUCUAAGUCUGAAAGGACCAGGGAUUGACCAUAUAACCGGACAGUGCUCUAAGUUUGAUAGGACCAGGCAUUGGCCAUAUAACCAGACAGUACCCUAAGUGUGAUAGGACCAGGGAUUGACCAUAUAACUGGACAGUACUCUAAGUCUGAUAGGACCAGGGAUUGACCAUAUAACUGGACAGUACUCUAAGUGUGAUAGGACCAGGGAUUGACCAUAUAACUGGACAGUACUCUAAGUGUGAUAGGACCAGUGAUUGACCAUAUAACUGGACAGUACUCUAAGUGUGAUAGGACCAGUGAUUGACCAUAUAACUGGACAGUACUCUAAGUGUGAUAAAACCAGGGAUUGACCAUAUCACCGGACAGUGUGAUAAGACCAGGGAUUGACCAUAUAACCGGACAGUGCUCUAAGUUUGAUAGGACCAGGCAUUGACCAUAUAACCAGACAGUACCCUAAGUGUGAUAGGACCAGGGAUUGAAUCACCUGAUUCAGAGUGCUAGCUGUUACAUACUCUGAAUAUUUUAUUCUAACAGCAAUUCCCUUACCCAUCUUAAUAACAAUAUAAUCUAUGUGUUCUGACCAUGAUAAAGCUGCGUCCAACAUGACCCUUAGUGGUUGUUGUUUUUAAACUACGUGUAUUCUAUUCAUCGACAAAGUCACUUGAGGGUCAUCAGCAAGCAUAUAUCUUGAACCAAACACAAUACAUUUAGUUUCAGAAAUGUUCAACACUAAUUUGUUAAUGUCAACCCACUCAGACACCAUUCUUAAUUCACUGCUCAGUACAUCUGUUAGCUCAUUACAUUCUGAUGCUGCACUAUACAUUGUAAAGUCAUCAGCAUACAUGCCCACUCUUGAUUUGUUCAUUACUGAAGGUAAAUCAUAAGUAAAGAUAGAGUAGAGUAGUGGGUCUAGGCAGCUUCCUUGAGGAACACCACAAUGUAUAUCUUUAAUAUUUGAAAAGCUACCAUUAAAGAACACUUUUUGAUUUAUCCAGGAUAGAUACCAUCCAGGAUAGAUACCAUCCAGGAUAGAUACCAUCCAGGAUAGAGCUGCAUCCUUAAAACCAUAACAUUUGAGUUGUCCUAGUAACAGUUCAUGAUCAAUUACAUCAAAAGCAGCACUGAAAUCAAGCAACACUGCACCAACUUACUUCCUUCCUAUCAUCCAUAAUCUUUAACCAAUCAUCUGUCAUUUGUGCUAAGGCUGUACUCGUAGAAUGCUCUUCUUUGCAUGCAUGCUGGAAACCCGUUAUCAGACCAUUAUAUGAGAAAUAAUCCUUGUACAGAUACAAUUCUUUCCAAUAAUUUACUUAACACAGGCAGCAAGCUUAUAGGACGACUAUUAGGACCAGUGAAUGCAGAUUUUUUUUAUCCUUAGGUAGUGGAAUAACGUUUAACUCUUUCCAGACUUCUGGGCACACCCCAUACAUAAAGCACUUGUUAAAAAUAUGAGAGAUUGGGGUCGAUAUUUGGUUAGCUGUAACUCUGUACCAAGUGGCUUUUCAUCCGAAAGAGACAACAGCAUCCUUUCUACCUCUUCCCUUUCUACUUAAUGAAAUUGGAAACUGAAUUGCCUCUCCUUCAUGAUACAAUAUUUUAUAGAUUGUAUCAAUCUUUUAUUUUAUUGUAGUGGUGUAACUAACUACUGAAACUACACACUACUUGUUUUGCUAAAAUAAUUUAAAAUAUGGGUGAAGUAGGCAAUCAUUUCCUUUCCUUUUCUGCAUCAGACCUGUGUAAUUCUCACCUGGAAUUUAUUUUUUGGUAUUUAUUUAUGUUAACAUAUGACCCCGACGUGAUCUCUUCUUGCAAUUUCUAGUCAUUUACAUAUAAUACUUCUUCACAAAGUAGUUUGGUAGUGAACUACUUUUUUAAAGUAAUGUUACUUAAGUAAAAUAUAUAUAUUUUAAGGGUAUAUUUAGUGUAGCUUAACGUCUUUCCGUGUCAAGUAAUUGGUGGCUUGGUAAACUAUCUUUUCAGAGGAGCUUCCUCAAUCAACACUACAAUUAAUUAUGUCUUAAGUGCCAAUCUCUUCCAGGUAGAUAUAAAAUAAAUGCUCUAAACUUAGCAAAGAGAAUCCUAUUCAUUUAUAUAACACACAUAACAUCUUAUCACCUUAAACCCAUGUGAUUCCACUGUGUCUUUGCAAUCACAAAAGAAUAUGUGGAAGUGCCAUGUUGAUGCCUUUUGGCAUGCUGUUUUUUGCACUGUACUGUACAAUUCAUUAACAAUUAGGUUAAUACCAUAAUCUAAACACUCUCGACUACAUUGUAUAUAAAUGACAUAUACAAAAUUAUUCUAUGAAAAAAAACUGAUGCAAAGAAAAUGGUAACUAAAAAUACCUAUAUCAGUUUUAGCACCAACAGUCAAUUUUCAAGAGAAACAUUUGCCUUGUUUUUAUUUUUUAGAUGCUGAUGACAUCACUCUUUUCUAAUUCUGCUUCUUUGAGAUCAUAUGCUAACUGACUAUCCUGUCAGGCUUGUCAGAGUACAUUUUACAGUAGUCUGUUCAAAAUGCAGCUUGUCAUGCGUAUGUCCUGUAUAUCUACACUUAGCCAAUACAUGUGUUCGUCAUACCUGUGUUUAUUGGUUAUGUCAAUAGUGUUAUGGGAUUAUAUCUCUAACAUGCAUAUAAUUCGGAAUUGUAAAUGUAAAUGUUGAUGUACAGUAUGUAGUUAAAAGUACAGUAAAUAAACUCAGCAGAAAAUUA